AUGCCGCCAAGCCUAGCAAUGCGCUACGAUGGGGAGGGUGACGAUGGACCCGUAAGAUACUCAAUGGAGUGCAAAAUCGAAGCCGCAUCAGCCGACUGCACCAAUCUCGUGCUAGUUUCUGAAACAGGCAAAGGCAUGGUCACCAAAUUAUCAUCAUCUACCCACAUCCCCACCGCCGGAUAUAUUGUUCCCUUGAAAGUCACAAUUACAGCCGGCCUGGAGAAGCUCAAAGCCGCUACCGCGACUCCAGCACCCACCGGCGGUGAGAGUGUUUCGCCGACUGGGACCAAUGCACCCACCACUGACAGCAGCAGCGGUUUGGCAAUGCCGUUAGCCACAAAUGCGGCCAACUGGGGCGCUAUCGGUGGUGCGGCCGUGGCGGUUGCGGCUCUUGUUUUGUGA